ACUUGAGUUACAAAGAGACUUUCCCUAUCGUCUCCAUCUCUCUCUCAUCUGCGACGUAGAUUCAUCACCACCAAAAUCGCCGCCAUGUUGAGACAAGCUUCUCGCCUCCUCUCCCGAUCCGUCACCGCCGGAUCCUCAAAAUCGACGACGGCUCGUGCCUUUUCAACGGAAGUUCCGUCGACGAUCGAUUCGACGUUCGUGGAGUCAUGGAAGAAAGUCGCACCGAACAUGGACCCGCCCCAGACUCCUUCCUCGUUCAUGAAGGCUCGUCCGACGACUGCGUCUUCGAUUCCGACGAAGCUCACCGUCAAUUUCGUCCUCCCUUACGCAUCUGAGCUUUCCGGGAAAGAGGUCGACAUGGUCAUCAUUCCAGCGACAACAGGACAAAUGGGUGUUUUGCCUGGACACGUUCCAACCAUCGCUGAGCUGAAACCCGGUAUCAUGUCCGUUCACGAAGGCACUGACGUGAAGAAAUACUUCGUGAGCAGUGGUUUCGCGUUUCUCCACGCUAAUUCCGUGGCUGACAUUAUCGCGGUUGAGGCCGUGCCGCUUGAGAACAUUGACGCUAGCCAAGUCCAAAAGGGUUUAGCUGAGUUCACACAGAAACUUGCUUCUGCAUCAACGGAUCUUGAGAAAGCAGAAGCACAGAUUGGUGUUGAAGUCCACAGUGCUAUGAACGCAGCUCUCUCAGGCUAAGACAAUGUUCACUCUCCUUCUUUCUUCCAAGUAAAAGAAAAAGAAAAUCAUUUUGCUUUUCAAAUGAUUAGUGAAAGUCCCUUAACUGCAAAGGAUGGAAUAAAUAAGAGACUAACGUUCCUCUUUGUUUUAUUUGGGUUGGACUUUGUUUGAAUAAAUGAUUUUGUUGAGUACACAAACCAACAUAAAGUUUAUUAUACUCAUAUUUUCUCCUUGUUUGUUUUGGGAAAUUAUGUUCCCGAAUUUAUAAAUGCUUUCCAUUUCAGACAUCA